GAGCAGUCCAGUUUUGCGCGACAGGCGGAACACCGCAGCACGAGAAACACGUGAAUUGGUGAAAUUUCUCUAUUUUUUUUUCUUUCCACCGUUACCAGCAGUACACGUUGGCAGUUAGCUGGGGCGAGAGAAGGACGGCCUCUGUCUUGUUGAAUAAGGUUACAGCUAUGUCCGGCAGAGGAAAGGGCGGGAAAAUCAAGAAGGCGGGAAAGUCGCGCUCCAGCAGAGCCGGUCUACAGUUUCCAGUUGGGCGUCUCCACAGACUUUUAAGAAAGGGUAACUAUGCUGAGAGAAUUGGAGCAGGUGCGCCAGUGUAUCUUGCCGCUGUGUUGGAGUACCUUGCAGCAGAAGUGCUGGAAUUAGCCGGAAACGCCGCACGUGACAAUAAGAAAUCUCGCAUAAUCCCGCGACACAUUCAAUUAGCAAUAAGGAAUGAUGAAGAAUUAAAUAAAUUGUUAAGCGGUGUAACGAUUUCACAGGGCGGUGUUCUUCCCAACAUUCAGAAUGCUCUGCUCCCCAAAAAGACAGGAAAAGCGGCAAAGUCAUCUUCUUCUCAGUCGCAGGAAUUCUGAAAGUUUUGUAUGAAAACUGCCAAAAUAUGAAGACAAAAAUAGAGAGAAAUAAACAUCAGUCUCAUAGCA